AUGGCAGCCAUCACAACCUCUCCGAAAAACUCGCCGCUCCACCUCACCGACCUCGCCGAUAUCACUCGCGUCUUCAACCGCUUCGACGCCAACGCCGACGGCAAAAUCUCCGCCGACGAGCUCGCUGACGUCAUCCUCACACUCAACUCGUCCACGUCACCGUCCGAAAUCUCCGGGAUGAUGGACCAGAUCGACGCCGACCGCGACGGCUUCAUCAGCCUCGAGGAGUUCGCCGGAUUCUGCGCCGCCGGCGGCGACAAUGUCGACGGAGAAUUACGAGAGGCGUUUGAAUUGUAUGAUAUUAACAAGAACGGACUGAUCUCGAGCUCGGAGUUGGGAGAGAUCUUGACGCGCAUCGGAGAGAGGUGCUCGGAGGAGGAUUGCGUGAAGAUGAUCGAGAGUGUGGAUGAGGAUGGAGAUGGAUUUGUGAAUUUUGAAGAGUUUAAGACAAUGAUGAGCCGGAGCAGUUCGAGUCUUUCGAGAAAAUAA